AUGACAGCCGUAAUAGCGGCCAGUACCGCCCUUCAAGUACUUGACGACCCGUCUCAACCUACUUCUCAAACUCCUUCUCCUACAUCACCCACACCGUCGUUGCAAAAUGUAUACCGCUCGACUGGCAAUCCGAACGGCAUCGCCUCAUCUGCAUACGCCUCAUCGUCCCUAUAUCAAAAUGUAACCCUAGACCUACCACCAGGCAUGUCAUAUCCUGACUUCCUCCGUACCUGGACGGACGCACGUGUUGCUCGGUGGUUGACCGAUAUCAAGUGCGGACAUCAUGCUGCGACGUUCAAGGCAAACGAUAUCCGAGGUGAUGUCCUUCUUGAGCUUGACCAGGUCACCCUGAAGGAAAUGGGCAUGACGAGUGUUGGGGACAGGCUGAGGAUAGUCAACGCAGUCAAAUUCCUCAGACAGAGGUGUUCUUCCACCAGUUCUCCCUUAUCAGUAUUCGUGAACCGCCCACGGUUUUCUGUUCCUGAGCAUUCUCGCAGCCCGAGCGGAGAUCUUCACAAUUCUGCGGCGCGAGGCGUCAAUCGGCGACUGGAGGGCAGUCGUCCGGCUCCAUUGCACUUGACUCCUGCUGGUUCUCUGGACUUACCACGCGUAGUCCGUGACGGUCAAGAUUCUGCCAAGUAUAUUCCCUCUAUACGACCGUUGCCACAGCCCAGCUCAGGUUCGAGUCACGGCACACCGACCACCGCGCACAGUACCCGCUCCAAUCUCCCGCCUCUUCCACCCCCUCCCCGUGGUCAACCGCCCUUGCCACCCACUAACGGCCGAUUAACUCCCCGCUCGCUUCAGGCUCCUGCCAAUCCGCUGUCUGGACGGCGCACCCCCGAAUCGUCACCUUUAUCAUCUCACCCCGCUCCCCACGGACAGAACCUACUAUCUCCUGCAUCACAAUCCUCAGGAUCGAGUAGGCUGGGAUUCAACUUAUCUCCGGAUACUCGUCAGGGGAACAGAACGCCUAUCCGCACAACUUCUCCGCUUCCAUUGCCUCCAAUAUCGUCCAAUUCCCGCAAUCUUGUCCGCCCCCCCAACGAGAGUGGUAGUCACAACAGGAAUACUUCGUUGUCAAAUCCUGCAUCCAACCCUCCCGGCAAAUCGCCCUCUCGUCCUCCUCAAGGCAAUAGCCCUCAUCCGUAUGCAUCCUCAAACCCACAGCACGGUCUAUCGCCUAUCGCAGAAUCUUUCGCCACGCAGCGCUCCGGUUCGAAUGCUCCUUCAUACAAGGCUGGCAUGAGUCCUUUGUUGCGCCCUGGCACACCUUCCUACAACACGCCUUCCUUGGAUGACCUGAAGAGAAAGCUGGCCAAGUUCAUCUUACCAGACGAAGGUCAAUCCACCAGGAUUAAUACUGCAGAUUGCACGGACGGUGUUGAGGUCCUUAUGAGGGCCCUCAAGAAGCUCGGCAAGUUGAGCUCGAGACUAAGCCCAGAUAGUGUGGAACAUGUUGAGUUGGAACAUGGGGCGUUGUGUGUGGAUGGAUGGGGGGCUUAUCUUGAUUAUGGACAAGAUGGUACCACGAAUGGUCCCUUGACGGCGGCACAGCUUCUCUCUAUUUGCCAAGCUCCGGCAGAUGACCCUGCUCGUGAUUACGGACUUACUCUUCGUGUGAUUGAAAGGCUACCGCGAAGAGGAGAAAGCCCGACGAGUCUGGUGUUCGCCAAUCCUGAUUUCGACCCAGAUGAAGAGCUAAUGGCGCCAGACAUACCUGGAGCGCAUACGCCCAGCACGAAGAACAUGAAGCGCGCGAGUUCUGUUAGUAUUCUGAGUGGGCUCGGUGUGCGGAUACCGGAGAAGGCGUCGGACACUUCAGCAUCCAAUUCCCCUAGCCAGAGUCCUGUGAAAAGCGCGUCCGGGGGCAAGAAGGUGCCAUCAAAGCUCCGCAACUUCUUUGGGCAGCGUCCUCCCAGCGAGCUCAUCACAACACAUUUGGCGGAGUACUUCCCGUUCACGGAGAAGAAAGUACUGGAACGUACAAGGAGACAGAGUAUGAUGCGCACCAGUGGUGCUCGCGCCCCUGAUAGACGAGACAGCAUCAUUUCUUGGAACCCGCCGCCGUCUCGCUUCAGCGUCAGCACACUGGGCUCACAGCAGAAUGCGUCCCCGAGGGUCUCCGUGUCCUCUGCAUCUGUGCCGCUUCCUGACAAGCCGCCGCCUCCUGUACCCACAGUCGAACGACUGGGUCCUCCUCUUCGAUUAUCAUUGUCCACAGAUGAGGGUCAUUCUCUCGAAAUCACUGAGACAGACCAAUCGGAGGCUUCGAAGCGAGUUUCAAGUCCCCAUAUCCUACCGCCUGUAGCAUUCCCGUCUGAAUCGCUGUCGGAAUCUCUGAACCUUGGACCUAGUCUGCAAGGGACAGUGACCUUCCCGCGAACGCUAUCGAACGCUUCAAAACGCAUGAGCUACAUCACUGAGCUGCGGAGCAAGCGGGAUCGUUCUGAUGCUGCGAGUCUUCUCACCGUGGACGAGAUCACGGCGGAAGUAGAGAAUCGAGAAAUCAGCGAGAGCAAGAAGGACGUAGAGAGCUCGGAGGAGUGGACCAAAGUUGACGUGGAGGACGAGUACGACAAGCAGAGCAUCAAGGAAGAGGAUGAAGAGGAUGACGAUGUAGCUGGGGAAGAGGAGGAGAGCGAACUAGACGAAGACGAUGCGGAUGAUGUAACUGUUGAAGUUGACGACGAGGGUGAGCCUGGCAAGGCGAUUACAUCACGUGGGAGCGAGAGAACGAUUAAAUGGAUCAAAGGCGCCCUCAUUGGUGCGGGCUCGUUCGGAAAAGUUUACCUUGGAAUGGAUGCUGCCACAGGCCUCCUCAUGGCGGUGAAGCAAGUUGAGUUGCCGACGGGAUCCGCACCUAACGAAGAACGCAAGAAGAGUAUGCUCAGUGCUCUAGAGCACGAGAUUGAACUCUUGAAAGAAUUUCACCACGAAAACAUUGUCCAGUAUCACUCUUCAUGCAUUGACGAUGACCACCUCAAUAUCUUCUUGGAGUAUGUGCCUGGCGGUUCCGUAACAUCAUUGUUACGCAAUUACGGAGCCUUCGAGGAGCCUCUUGUGCGCAACUGGGUUAGGCAGAUUCUCCUGGGACUCAACUAUCUUCACGAACGGGAUAUCAUUCAUCGUGAUAUCAAGGGCGCCAAUAUGUUAGUUGACAACAAGGGCGGCGUCAAGAUCUCAGACUUUGGCAUCUCAAAGAAAGUUGAAGAUAAUCUACUUCCUGGACAUCGCGCCCAUCGCCCUUCUCUCCAAGGAUCAGUGUUUUGGAUGGCUCCGGAAGUGGUGAAGCAGACCGCUUACACACAAAAGGCUGAUAUCUGGAGUGUGGGUUGCCUGGUCGUGGAGAUGUUGACCGGAGAACAUCCUUGGGCGCAGCUGACACAAAUGCAAGCUAUUUUCAAGAUUGGUUCAUCAGCAAAGCCUACUAUUCCAGCCGAUAUUUCCGCCGAAGCUGAGAAUUUCCUCCAACUCACGUUUGAGCUUAAUCACAAGGCGAGACCAACCGCCGCAGAACUGCUCAAACACCCCUGGAUUGUGAACCAGCCACUUCCGUUAGGUCACUAG